AUGUCAAAAAAUGAUAAAAAAAAUAAACAAAGUGGAUCAUCCAAUAUGGAUCAAUUAAAAAGUGAAGAUAUUCUUCAAGCAGUUGUUUUAGGUGAUAGUUUUGAUAGAAAAUUCGCACCAAUCACUUUAGAAAAACCAAGAACAUUAUUACCAUUAGUUAAUAUACCAUUAUUAGAUUAUACAUUAGAAUUUUUAGCAGCAUCAGGAGUACAACAAAUAUUUGUAUUUUGUUGUGCACAUGCAUCACAAAUUAAAGAAUAUAUUCAAUCAUCAAGAUGGCAUGAUCUUCCAGGUGUUCAAGUAAUUUGUAUGACAGGUUCAAAUUGUAGAACUACAGGUGAUGCUCUUCGUGGUGUUUAUGAUGCUCAAGUCAUUCAAUCAGAUUUCAUUCUAAUCUCUGGUGAUGUUGUUUCAAAUAUGAAUUUACAAAAAGCAUUACAAAUUCAUAAGGAUAGAAGAGAAUUAGAUAAAAAUAAUAUUAUGACUAUGGUAUAUAAACAAGCAUCAUCAACACAUAGAACUAGAAGUAAACAAGAUGAUACAGUUAUUUGGUGUAAUAGAGAUACUAUGCAAGUUGUAUGUUAUGAUAAUUCACCAAGUAAGAAGAAAUCAUCGAUUAGUGUUGAAUUGUUUCAAAAACAUCCAUCUAUUCAAAUGAGAUAUGAUUUAAUCGAUUGUCAUAUCGAUAUUUGUUCACCAGAGGUAUUGGCAUUGUUUAAUGAUAAUUUUGAUUUUGCAGACAUUCGUAAGGAUUUCAUUCACGAUAUUCUCACCAGUGAUCUAUUGGAUUACAAAUUGUCAGCCUACGUUUUACAAGGUGAAUACGCCGCAAGAGUUAAAGAUUUACGUACCUACCAUUCCGUUAGUAAGGAUAUCAUUCACCGUUGGACAUUCCCAAUGGUGCCAGAUAACAAUUUCAUGUGCAAUUCAAGUUAUUCAUUAUCCCGUCAAAUGAUUUACAAAGAGAAGAAUGUGAAAUUGUUGGGUGAUUGUUUGAUCUCUGAUGAGACUGUUAUUGGAACUCAAACUGAGAUUGGCGCUGGUUCAAUCGUUAGUCAUUCAACUAUCGGUAGAAAUUGUAUCAUUGGUAAGAAUGUCAAAAUCAAUGGUUCCUACAUUUGGGAUGAUGUCACCAUUCAAGAUAAUGCAAUCAUUGAUCAUUCAAUCAUUUGCAAUGGUUCCAUCAUUAAAUCAUCCUCUAUCAUUGGUCGUGGUUCAAUCAUUGGUUUCAAUGUUUACAUUGGUCAAUCGAAAACAUUAGAACCUUUCUCAAAAAUUACAAUGGCUCAAUAUAAUGAAGAUGAAGAUGAUGAAGAAUUAUUAGAAGAAUAUUUUAAAGAAAUUAAUUUAAAUGAUGAUAAUAAUAAUAAUAAUAAUAAUAAUAAUGAAAAUAAUAAAACAAAUAGAUGGUUAAUGGAAAAUGAAUUAUAUAAUGAAUUAGUACCAAGAAUUAAUGAUUCAAUUCAUGAUGAUAUUGAAUCUGAUGAAUCUGGUGAUGAAGGUGAUAAAUCAGGUGGUAAAAUUAAAAAUAAUAAAAAUAAUGAUGAUAAUCCAAUUGAACCUGAUUCAGUUAAAUUUCAUCGUGAAGUUGGUGAUACAAUUAGACGUGGUAUUAUAGAGAAAUUACCUUUAGAGAAUAUUCAAUUAGAAAUCAAUGGUUUGAAAUUCGCUUAUGAUAGAGAUGGUUUAGAUUGUUUAACAAGUAUUUUACCAGUUUUAUUGGAAUCAUCAUCAUCAUCCUCCUCAACUACCGAUAGUGUCACUCCAAAAGAGUUGCAACAAUUUAUCGCUGGUAGAAUCUCAGCUUUCUCACCAUUGUUGGUUAAAUUCUCAAGUGAAGAUAGUAUGGUAGAUCUUAUCUUUAAAAUUCAAGAUUUUUGUGAUGAAAAUGAGAAAUUCAAAGUGGUCUUUCAACCAAUCUUACAUCAACUCUAUGAAAAUGAUGUUAUCUCUGAAGAGGCAAUCUUUGAAUGGGCUGAAGAAAUUGAAGGAGAUGAAGAAGAUGAUGGUUUUUAUUUAAAGAAAUGUAAAGGUUUUAUCGAUUGGUUAAAAUCUGCCGAAGAAGAAUCUGAUGACUCUGAUGAUUCUGAUGAUGAUGAUGAUGAUUCUGAUGAAUCUGAUUAA